AUGGGUAUCCAGGGCCUGCUUCCUCAAUUAAAGCCUAUUCAACAGCCUGUGACUUUAUCGCGAUACGAUGGUCAAACAUUGGCAAUUGAUGGGUACGCAUGGCUACACAGAGCUGCACAUUCGUGUGCUGAGGAAUUAGCUCUAGGUUUGCCCACCACACGGUACCUAGAGUACUUUGCUAAACGUCUGCAAAUGCUUCGGGGCCGUUUCCAUAUCAAUCCGUAUGUGGUUUUUGAUGGCGAUGCUCUAAUGGUGAAAGGAGACACAGAAGUGAAGAGAAGACAGAAAAGGGAAGAAAAUAGGGCCAAAGCGUUGCAGCUUUGGCAUUCUGGAGAUAAGAGACAAGCGUUUGAGUUUUUUCAGAAAUGCGUAGAUGUAACACCAGAAAUGGCCAAGUGUAUUAUAGAUUACUGCAAGGUGCAAUCAAUACAGUAUGUGGUGGCACCUUUCGAAGCUGAUGCCCAAAUGGUGUAUCUGGAGAAGGAAGGUCUGGUGCAAGGAAUCAUAUCAGAAGAUUCAGAUCUUCUAAUUUUCGGAUGUCGCAAGCUGAUUACAAAACUUAACGAUCAUGGUGAAGCGGUUGAGAUUUGUCGUGACGACUUUUCUAGUUUACCAUCCAAAUUCCCGCUUAGUGAAUUGACUCCAGAGCAAUUGAGGAUCUUGGUCUGUCUAUCAGGCUGCGACUACACAUCCGGAAUUCCGAAAAUCGGACUUCUGACGGCAAUCAAGUUGGUGCUUAAAUUCAAGACCAUGGAUAAAAUAAUCCAAAGUAUCCAGCGGGAGGGUAAACGCAUCGUACCCACGGAAUUCGCAGAUGAAUAUAAGCGAGCAACGUAUGCUUUCCGGUUCCAACGGGUUUUCUGCACCAGGACCAAUGUUAUUACCACACUUAAUGCGGUACCCGAAGAACUUGUAACUCGUGAAGAAUUGUUCGGUUGCAUAGGGAAAGUCAUACAUCGAGAGGAAUUGAUCAAACGAGCAAUUGUCAACCCUAGUGAAAUCGACCACGAAUUGCACGCAAAAGUUGCCAGAGGAGACUUAAGUCCUUAUAAUUUCGAGAAAGUCCUGGUGAACCGUGAGCGGAAAUUGCAAAUUACAGCCAAGUCCUUGCCCAAUAUUUCAAAUGCGCCUGUGAGUAUAAAGUCGAUUGAUUCGUUUUUCGCCAAAUCUGCUCAAGUGACCGUCUCUGCGGUGCCUGAAAACAGCGACGCUAAGGUUCGACUCGCACUGAAAAAGCUGGAGGAAAAAGCAGAACAGAGCGAAAAGAAAGUAAAAUCUACAAUUGAACGCCGAAAAUUAUCUCGCCACGACAAUGCAUCCUUGCGUGUUGACUCUGGUAGCAAGUUUUUCACUCAAUCUCACAAAUCUUCAGAAAGUUUGGACGUUACCAGCAGAUCUCUUCUAGCCAUCAAUGAUGAGGCUAAUGAUUUGAAGACGGAAAUAGAAUCCCCGAUUGAAGAAGCAGGCUUCCCCGUAGCACCUGCGAUGACACCUGCGACCACUGACGCUGACAUUUCACAAGAAGACAUACCGACGGAAAUCCCGAGUUCGAUGGCAUCUACAGAGAUUCCAAGUUCCAUGAUCCCUACGCAGACGGAUCAAGAUUCUACGCCAUUCAGCGAAGAGGAUUCUGAGAUCUUGAGCGAAGUGGAAGACACCACGAAAGCGGACAAAGUGCAGAACAGACAGUCUAAAAGACACUGUGCAUCCUUGGCAAGCCUGCGUGAUACUUACCAGUACCAAAGAGCGCCACUAACGCCCCGAGAUCCCAAUGUGGUUUCUACAGGUGCUAUGGGCAAGACAAUGCGGAAGGCAGCAACCACCGAGAGAAAACGUCCCGCAGUGACCAGGACACACUACAUGGCGUCACCAUCAUCGUCUUCGACCUCUGUCCCGCGUCCAGCGAGACGAGCCUUGAGUUUGUCGGAGUUUAUUUAUCGAGGACAGUAA